UUCUCCAAAGGGCCUGGGUUUUUGUCAGCACUGAGGUCAUCCACCCCUGGUCUUGAAUAAGUGCAUCGUGUGGAGUGGGGUUGAAGACUUUGUGGUUGGGUUUGUUUCAAAUCAAAAUCCUGAAGUAAUGAAGAGUCAAGCUGAGCAUAAAUAAGUAAAUGGGACAAGGAUUUCCAAGAGGAACAGAUGGGACCUUUGGAGCAUGAUUCUCUGCAUACAUAUAUUUCCUUCCUUUCCUUUUCUUAUCCUCCCCCAUCUUCUCCUUGUUCCACAGGACUGGUUGACAAAAUUUGGAUACCUGCCUCCUCCAGAUCCUGUCACUGGACAACUGCAGACCCAGGAGGAGCUCACCAAGGCCAUUACAGCCAUGCAGCGGUUCGGGGGGCUGGAGACAACGGGCGUCCUGGAUGAAGCCACACUGGAGCUGAUGAAGACCCCUCGCUGCUCUCUGCCCGACUUCGUCGCCGCGCCGGCCAGGAGGAAGCGGCACACACAGGCUGUCACCAAGUGGAGCAAAAGGAACUUGUCUUGGAGAGUUCGCACCUUCCCCAAGGAGUCCCACCUGGGCCACGACACAGUCCGAGCCCUGAUGUACUAUGCCCUGAAGGUCUGGAGUGACAUUACCCCACUGAAUUUCCAUGAAGUGGCAGGUAACAAUGCUGACAUCCAGAUAGACUUCUCCAAGGCUGAUCACAAUGAUGGCUAUCCCUUUGAUGGACCUGGUGGGACAGUGGCACAUGCUUUCUUCCCUGGAGACCAUCACACAGCAGGAGACACCCAUUUCGACGAUGAUGAGUAUUGGACCUUCCGAUCUUCAGAUGCUCAUGGGAUGGACCUAUUUGCUGUGGCCGUCCAUGAGUUUGGCCAUGCCAUUGGCUUGACCCACAUCUCUGCCAUAGAGUCCAUCAUGAGACCUUACUAUCAAGGUCCAGUGGGGGAUCCUCUGAAGUAUGACCUGCCUUACGAGGACAAAGUCCGGAUCUGGCAACUCUAUGGAGUCAGGGAAUCUGUGUCCCCCACAGCCAAGCCUGAAGUAAUCAAAACUGAAGAUCAUCCUGUCCUGCCAGAGCUGCCAGAGAACCGCUCCACUGUCCCGCUCAGGCGGGACGUGCCCAACAGAUGCAACACUCACUUUGACGCGGUGGCCCAGAUCAGAGGAGAGGCUUUCUUCUUCAAAGGAGAGAGAUACUGGGUCUUCAAAGAUAAUAAUGUAGAGGAAGGAUACCCACGGCCCAUCUCGGACUUCGGUCUGCCGCCAGGAGGAGUCGACGCUGCUUUCUCCUGGGCCCACAAUGACAAGACUUAUUUCUUUAAGGACAAUCUCUACUGGUGCUACGAUGACCAUGAGCGGAGGAUGGAACCCGGCUACCCUUCAGAGACCAUCCUGUGGAAGGGAAUACCAAGCCCUUUAGAUGAUGCCAUGAGGUGGUCAGAUGGUGCAAGUUACUUCUUCAGGGGCAAGGAGUACUGGAAAGUGCUGGACAAUGAGCUGGAGGCCCAGCCUGGCUACCCCCAGUCCAUCGCCAGGGACUGGCUGGUGUGCAGUGACAUGCAGUCCGACUCCCCCGAGGCAGCCGGGAGCAGCAGGACUGGGGCACGUUCCAAACCGGGGCAGCACGACGAGAGCCGCUCAGAAAACGGCUACGAGGUCUGCUCCUGCACCUCGGCUGCCCCACCCCUCCGGGCCUGCCCCGAGCUCAGACUGCCAGCCAGCCUCCUGCUGCCGGGGCUGUGGACAGCAGCACUGAUCUGUGCAGCCCUAUGACAUCUCAUCCCACCAGCAACACCACGCCAUGGUGCUCCAGGGAGUGGAGAUGGAUAUGAUCCCAAGACCGUAACUGUUGCAAGCAGAAAAACAUUCCUAGGAACAUGCCAGUGAGGGGUUUGAAUUCUCCAUGAGAAGUGAACGGUGUUUUUUGACUUUAUUUUCUUCUUAAUUUUAGUUUAAAGGUCUAAUACAGAUUUUGAGUUCUGCACCUUCUUAUUCCCCCAUUCGGUUAAAGAUGAGAGCAGCCUGAAUUUAGAAAUGUUCCGUAGGGAUGUUUGCUUUGGAUGUGUGAAGGUGGCAAACAAGGGAGGGGAUGGAUGGAACGGGAACAGAAGAGAUGCUGCUGAGACAGAUGGCAACAUCCCAGAGGAAAGGCAGCAAGGCUGCAGGCGAGGGGCAGUAGUUAGAUGGUGACACACGUAACAUCCUGUUGUGUGUACUAGGUAGAAAGAAACUUUGACUCCACUAAGAUUAUCUGCAAGGUGAUCAUUUCGCUGUCAAACCUGCAGUGGUCACUGAGGUCUCAGUAACCUGGUAUCAGUUUCUACAGGUCAGAAACACCUUUGCUGUUCAGAAGGCAGUGGAGCUUAUCUUUGUAUCCGAGUCAGUCAAAUUUAGCAGUUGCUCUAAUAAACUCUGGCUGCCCACACCACAAUCUCCCAGUCCUCUGCCAGACCAAGCCUGCCACCUGCAGUGAGGUGCUGCCUUGCUGGUGCAGCCAGAUGAGAAGCAAUCACACCCACCACUCCAGCCUAAUCCGUUCACAUGAACUCCCACUCUUGGAGUUCCUGUUUCAGGUUGUUUUAUGUUUUGGGAGGGAUCAAGAUGUAUCACAUUGAUUUGUGACUCUCACGCCUGGCUGCUCUGCAGAGGAUGGGCAGGGGAGAGAGAUGCUGCACGUUCAGCCUCAGAACUCUUCUUAAUGCCUCUGCCAGGAGCUUGCAGUGACAGAAGCAAGGUCAAGUGCUGUGUUAGGAUGUUCCUGACUUGUUGGUUUUUUUCCCUGCUAAUCCAUUUUCUGUGGCAUAAUUUGGGCAUCUGAGAGUCCCUGAAAGUGGUGAGUGUGUUGGAAACUGAAAUAGGGGUGUCAAGAAGGCCAGGGUCCUCCAGUCUGUUGUUGUCAAGGGAUGGUAAAGGAGAGAAAUGAGCAGCAGCCUCUGGCACACUCUGUUCUUCUCUGCCCUGCUUCUGUAAAGCUCCUACAGAGAUACUUCUUGCUGCCUCUGCCAGGGCCAACUCCUGGGGGAGAGCUGGCAGCAGGCAGGAUGCUGCAGGCUGUGUCACUGUGACAACAUGAGACCCAAGGCUGGGUCCCUAGCCCCACAGCCUGCCAGGACUUUAGCCACGGGGCCAGGCAUAAUGACAAGCCCUCCAUGACACAGCAGGAAGGAGGUAAGAAGUGCACAGUUCCCUCCUGAUAGGUAAAAGGGGUCACCUUGAGUUUCCCUCUCCGCUGUUUGCAUUUUUAAAUAGUCUCAAUCAUUCACAGGGUGCAGCUGUUUUCAGGACCAUGUGCAAUAGUGCAAAAUUGUGAGGCAUGUGUCAAUGGAAACCUCCCAUUAAACAUCCCUUAAGAAAACAAAACAAAACAACAAACAAUCCAAAAACCCUCACAUAUAGCAGCUCCUUCUGCUGAGUAAAGCUGCCUGUGGUGUUCCCACUUUCCAGUCUUGAUCUGCUCACAGCAGCUCCACAUCCCACCUCUGCCUGCCAGGCCAAGCAGGGGCUGCAGGAGCAGGACAUUGUGUGUUGCCAUCAUGGGAGAUGGGAUUUUCCUUCUUACGUUGGCAUCAUUUUACUUCCUUCCCCCUUCUGAGUCACGAAGAAAAGGCUUUUAGUCCUUGCUGGGGUGACACUGCACGUAUAUCAGCAUGUUACAGACUCCUUGGAUAUGAAGCCAGGUAGGAGCAUCUUGGAGAAAACACCUGCUCCCUUUUUUGUUUGUUUGUUUGUUUUUUGUUUUGUUUUUUUGUUCUUCUAUGAAAUAAAUACCUGGAAGCUGCACCUGAAGGUUAAGAGAAGGCAGGGACAUGACUAACACUGCUCCCAUGGCUUCUCCAGCCCAACCAAGGAGCCUGGUGUGGUGGCAAGGACUGGUGGCCCUGCAGCCAUCCUGAUGCGGUCACAGAGGUGCUGGGACCCACACUAACGGGACCUCAAGUUAAAUGAUGUCUAUUCAACAUGGGGGGGACUGUGAUUUAUAAAUAAAGCCUGUGGAAGGG